GGGCAAGGGGAAGACAAAGCAGCGGUUUAUCCUUUUUGUCGGUGCGUGGCAGACUUAGUGGUAUUUUCCAUAUACGCGGGCUCACGGAAUGUCUACAGGGAACUUGAGAUACACGACAUCCAAGGAGGCUAUAGACAAGCACUUCUCUGCAUGUGACCCACCGCCUACGGUCCGACUCCUUACACCUAAAGCUACACCUUCAGGCAGACAAUCGGCGAAGUCAAAGGGCUGCGCGUUCUUGGAGUUUACAGUGAAGAGCGCGCUCCAACAAGCCCUGAAGCUGCAUCAAUCUGAGCUGGAUGGGCGUAUGAUCAACGUUGAGCUCACGGCAGGCGGAGGCGGGAAAGCGAGACUCGAGAACUGCACGAACAAAGGGUACGUGUCUCCGUUUGACGACCCUCGCUCAUCUCAUGUGUUGUGUAACAGCGCAAGCGUCUCGAGAAACAGGAAAGAAACCCAAGAAAAGGACGCGGAUGCAGACCCAUGCAGCCGGGCAACGCAGAGCGAAAAGGUCGAAGAAGAGAGGGAAACGUCUGCCACGCGCAUUGGGCACAGGUGUAAAUGCGAUUCCUGUCGGUUGAUGUUGGGACUAUCAUUAUUUUCUGCAUGGCCUAUGGUAUCAUAAUGCGGCGAAGUGUGUCCAGUGGAAAAGGAAGUAUCGUCCAUGUCUAGGAUAUAUAAUGGAGCCGGCUCGUCCUACAGGACCCAGGGAUCAUGAAACAGAAUGAAGAUGAGGAAGAAAACAAUCAGAACCCCGAAGACUUUGAGCAUGAGCCACCGAUUGGAGGAUAUACUGGCAUAGUAUUUAAGCAGCUCGCGCUGAGCGCCGCU